AUGGCUUCGAGUUGGGUUGACGCUCUAUUGAGCCCCUCGCCAUUAGUCCUGGGAAUCACAGUUAUCAUCGCCCUUUUAAUCCCCAUCUUCCUGCACUCCUUCGUCUUUCGCGCCAGCGGCCUGACCACGCUCCCCUCCAUCCUGCUCAUCGGCCCAAGUGGCUCUGGCAAGACCUCCCUCCUCACUCUAUUCGAGCGCGGCACCCAAGCAGCGCAAACCCACACCUCCCAAGCCCCCAUCGCCGUCGAAUGCGACCUCCCCGUCGGCAAAACCGCCAGCUCAGCUAGAUACCGCAGCGAGCACGACCCCGCGAACCUCACGACGAAGAAAUUCCUCUUGAUCGACACGCCUGGGCAUGGGAAACUGCGACAUCAUGCGCUGGACAAUCUCACGAAUCCGCAGAAUUUGAGGGGGAUUAUCUUUUUGGUGGAUGCGGCGACGUUGUCUGCUGGUGACGAGGGAUUACGCCAGACGGCGGAUUAUCUACAUGAUAUCUUGUUGAUUCUGCAGAAGAGAAUGGAAUCGAGUUCUGGCAAGAAACCAAAGGAGAUUCCGCUGCUGGUUGCCGCGAAUAAGAUGGAUCUUUUCACCGCGUUGCCUGCGGCGUUGGUGAAGAGUAGUUUGGAGGCUGAGAUUACCAAGGUCAGGACGUCGAGGAGUAAAGGGCUUUUGGAUUCGGGGAUUGGGAUGGAAGAGGAUGGGGAGAAGGAUGAUUGGUUGGGUGAGGUUGGGAGUAAGGACUUUAAGUUUGCGCAGAUGGAGGAGUUUGAUGUGUUGGUUGAGGUUAGUGGGGGGAAUGUUGCUGGUGGUGAGCCGGUUACUGAGAAGUGGUGGAGGUGGAUUUCUGAGAGAUUGUAA